UUCAGGCUAACCAGGUUCUUCUCCGCAUCCGCAGCUUACCCCUGCCCCUUGGACGGGCCCGGCGCGUACUGUGUAGGAAAUGCAACCCCCACUGUUCUCCGCGUAUUGCCGAGGUGGCCUUUUCCCCCAGAACUAUCAAUAGGGCUCGGGCGAUUUGUUCAACUGCCGAUGGAACUAGCCCCAGUGCGGGCGGCGAAUCUGGAUAUUCUCCAACAAGCCGAUUCGCUACGGAGGCGGGGAAGAUGCCACGCGGGGAAGGGAGGGUUGCUUCUUCUCCGAGAUGUCAGCACAGAUCGGACUUAAGAUGGAGAGAACUGGGGAUAUUCAAAGUGUCCAUCAUAUAACACUCGCUCAAGCUUGCCUCCUCGUCGCAAGUCCCCGUUCUGGCACCAGCAGUUGCAGGUAGCAGUUGCAGCACCAAAGUAACAGCUACACCAGCACACACCACCACCAAGCCAUGGCAGACUUCCCUAGACUGCCCCCCUCGGGCAUCAGCGUCAUCAUCGUCGGCGCCGGCUUCGGCGGGCUCUCGGCGGCGAUCGAGUGCGACCGCAAGGGCCACUCGGUGGUCGUGUUCGAGCGGUUCCCCGAGCUGAAGCCGCUGGGCGACAUCAUCAGCUUCGGCCAGAACUCGAGCCGCAUGUUCGCCAAGUGGCCCGGCGUCGUCGAGCAGAUGGACCCCAUCAUCCACCGCGCCGAGAAGCUGCGCUACCACGACUGGCAGGGCAGGUACGUCACCACCCAGGACUUCGCCGGCGAGCGCGCCUGGGGCCGCCGCAUCAACGGCCACCGCGGCGAGCUGCACCGCAUCGUGUUCGAGCACGCCCGCCAGAGGGGCAUCGACAUCCGCCUCGGCCAGGCCGUGGUCGACUACUUUGAGGACGACGACAAGGCCGGCGUCGAGGUCGAGGGCGGGCAGCGGUUCACCGCCGACAUCGUGCUCGCGGCCGAGGGCGUCAAGUCGAAGGGCCGGAAGAUUGUGCUUGGCUUCGACGACAGGCCGCAGCCGUCGGGGUAUGCCGUCUACCGCGCGUGGUUCCCGUCGGGAGACCUCAAGACGAACCCGCUGACGAAGCACCUUGUCGACGGGGACACGCACAACGCGUGGAUCGGGCAGGACGUGCACUUCCUUACGGCGACGAUCAAGGGCGGCGAGGAGAUCAGCUGGGUGUGCACGCACAAGGACGACUCGGACAUUGAGGAGAACUGGCAGUUCCCCGGCAAGAUCGAGGACGUGCUGGCCUGCCUCGAGGGCUGGGACCCCGUCGUGCUGGAGCAGGUGAAGGCCACGCCGCCGGACCGGCUGUUCGACUUCAAGCUCGUGUUCCGCGACCCCGUGCCCACCUUCGUGUCGCCGAAGGGGCGCACCGUGCUCAUCGGCGACGCGGCGCACCCGUUCCUGCCCACGUCGAUCCAGGGCGCCAGCCAGAGCAUGGAGGACGGGGUGGUGAUGGCGGCGUGCCUGGAUGUGGCCGGCAAGGACCGCGUCAGGGAGGCGGCGAAGGUGUUUCAGGAGAUCAGGUAUGACAGGGUGCACCGCGUGCAGGCGACGGGCGUCUCGACGAGGGACAUGUGGCACAAGGCCGACUGGGACGCCAUCUGGAAGGACCCGGACUCGCUGCAGCUCAAGCGCGAGGAGUGGGUGCUCAACUUUGACGCCGAGGCUGAUGCGUAUGCGCAGUACGAGGCUGUCAAGGCGCGCUUGGAUGCCGAGGAGAAGGCAAAAGCGGAAUAGACCUGGGUGGGUAGACCUGGUUGGGAGGGUGUAAUUAUUUAUACUAUUUUCUCUCGGGAAUCUGGGCUUUUAGAUUUGAUAGAAGAUAUGACAUGCACGCU